AAGAGACUUUGGGAAAUGUUUAGUUGCAGCCCUACUCUGAUGUGACUUCGGCCCUCACGCUUUUAUUUUGAAAGAGGUAACCGGAAGCCCCGCGCCGCAGCCCGACCGGUCCCUCCUCAGCAUCACCGCAUCACCCGCUGUCUUCUCCCCCAGUACGGGACCGAACGGUGACCCCAGAAAACACAAGGCCCCGGGAUCAUGGACGACGUCCCUCCGAUCAUCAACAUCUCCAUCUCCCUGCGGAUCCAGCCCAAUGAGGGACCCGUGUUUUUUAAGGUGGACGGAACCAGGUUCGGCCAGACCAGGACCAUCAAACUGCUCACAGGCUCCAAAUACAAGAUCGAGGUGGUGGUGAAGCCCGGAAACGUCGAGGCCACGACCAUGAACAUCGGAGGCAUCGUCUUCCCUCUGGAGCAGCAGUCCAAGGACGAGGAGGCGGUGGUUUAUCACGGCCAGUACGACACCGAGGGCGUCCCGCACACCAAGAGCGGAGACCGGCAACCCGUCCAAGUCAGCGUGGAGUUCAACAAGGCCGGGACGUUUGAGACGGUCUGGCAGGCGAAAUACUACAAUUACUACAAGAGGGAGCACUGCCAGUUCGGCAACAAAUUCAGCAGCAUCGAGUACGAGUGCAAGCCCAACGAGACGCGGACCCUCAUGUGGAUCAACAAGGAGGCGUUCAACUGAGUCAGCUCACCCUGCCACUGUCCGCACGCCAAAUACCAAGCAGAGGGACAGCAGUUGGACCAGGACUACCUUUGAACAUCAGCAUCACAAUAAAAAAGGACAGCCUUAUCUAAAAGGCGGGCGUCAAGCCA